GAAACACUUUGAUACGUGCCAGCCUGCGUGCAGGGCACUCCGCCUCAGGCGCUUAGCCACAUCCUAUGGUCAAGGAUGUAGUGUGUGUGCGUGUUUGUUUAAAUGUUGUCGUUAUUAUCGGCAGCCCUUUCCUCUCAACAUGCCUGCAGCGAUGCACCUCACCGUACUGCUGCUCCUGUUUGCAGUGACCGUCUGUGAAGACUCACCCACUUCCUCUAUAACAAAGCCGGUACCACAGUCAACCACAGGUCCUGUAGCCCCCACAAGUUUGACUGUGGGAAAAAAACAAAAUGACGUUUCAUCAGCCACCACCAACCCAUCACAGCAGGUCACCACAGACACGUCGCCGUCAUCACCACCCUCAACUUCGACACAAACACCCAGUGGGGCUGAGGUAACCACCACCAGACGACAGACUGGGAUGCCAACAACCAACCAGACGUCCACUGGGACACCACCAACCCACCAGACGUCCACUGGGACACCACCAACCAACCAGACGUCCACUGGGACACCAGCAUCCAACCAGACAUCCACUAGGAUACCAAUAACCAACCAGACACCCACAGGGAUACCAGUAACAAACCAAACAGUCACCAAUGGAUCGACAAUCCCACCAACAUCAGGAUCAACAUACGUCACUGCAAACACCACUGUUAACACAACCAGCUCAGCUCUUUAUCCCGAGAAGGGAGAUGGCUUUGCAUCGAACCCCGGCCUCGUCGCCAUCAUCUGCAUCUUCUGUAUCGUCCUCGUCCUCGUGCUGGUGGUUGCUGCCGUGAAAUGCUCCCCAUCAUCAAGAAACAAUUUUGAGAGGCUUGAAGAUGUGCCCAUGGGCAAAGUCAACGAAGGGUCUCCGUUUGCCCACUACUCAAAAUGACAGAAGAGACUUCGGACACGAUGUCCAGGAGGAGAGUGGUCCGCUGUGGGAGUCUGAUUCUACUGAACACAAAGAAAUAUCCACUCCAUCAGUGACUUUAACUUUCGGCACAAAAGAAAAAGACAACUUGUGUGGUUUUCUCUCCCAGGCCCUUUUAUUUCUUUACAAAGCACUUUUGUCUGUGCUUCUGCCAAAGAGUUCUGACCUCUGACCUGUUUGCUUUGCUGCUCAUAUUUCUCCUGAUUUAAGUUUCUGAAGCUUUAUCAGCCUUCUUCAGCCUAGAAUGUAAAAGCUUUUGAUAUAUGUCCCUCUAAGCACUUCCAAUUCAUUAUUGCACUCUUACAUGUAACAAAGGAUGUUAAGCUGCAAGUAUAUGUAGGUUUCACAAUGAUUUUGGAAACUAAAAGCUUGGUAUGCUCACUCUGCAAAUUCAAAUAACUUUGUUCGUUUAACUGUGACUCAUCUAUUAAUGUGUAAUUCUGGCCAGUUUUAUUUUUUCUACCUUUAUGAAAUAAAGCUUUACAGAUUCUAGAUAAAACAACUGGUAACAUAGAAGAUCUUCUACAGAAUCAUAUCCAGGGGGCAAAGCCGCUCUUGUUCAUUAAAAUUAAUUUACUUAAUCAAUGUCAAACAUUCAGUUCGUUCUGUUGACACACAGACUUCCUCUAGCCAAGAAUAAAAUGUUCUAAUAAC